AAUACAGAACAACCGCUAUAUUACCUUUCUGUCGCCUCCGUGUCUACCCCAUCCCCUACCCUGCACCUUCCCCACCACCCCCACUGGGUGCAUCGCAGGGCACGGCGGGGUCAAUCAGCUGGGCGGGGUGUUCGUGAACGGGAGACCGCUGCCGGACGUGGUCCGGCAAAGAAUCGUGGAGUUGGCGCACAGCGGGGUGCGACCGUGCGACAUCUCGCGCCAGCUGCGCGUGUCGCACGGGUACUACGAGACGGGCAGCAUCAAACCGGGCGUCAUUGGCGGCUCCAAGCCCAAGGUGGCGACUCCCAAGGUGGUGGAGAAGAUUGCCGAGUACAAGCGGCACAACCCCACCAUGUUCGCCUGGGAGAUCCGGGACCGCCUGCUCGCCGAGGCGGUCUGCGACCCCGACAGCGUUCCCAGCGUUUCAUCCAUUAACAGGAUAAUCCGGACCAAGGUGCAGCAGCCGUUUCAUCCCAGCCCUCAAGACAGCCCAGGACAAGGACUGCCCAGUGGACACACCAUAGUGUCCAGCGGGGCCAUGACGCCCGUGGAGAGCUCCCUGGGGCCCAGUUCCUACUCCAUCAGCGGGAUCCUGGGCAUCCCCCGGGCCAACGGAGAUGCCAAGAGGAAGCGAGACGAGGUGGACGCGGCGCUGCACGGGGGCGAGGGGCGCUGUGGGGGGGUGCCCCACGCGGGAGGCCGCAAGCAGCUGCGUGUCGACGCCUUCGCCCAGCAGCAGCUGGAGGCGCUGGAGCGCGCCUUCGAGCGCCAGCACCACUACCAGGAGCCCUUCACCAACUCCGCCGCCGCAGCCUCCGGCGAGCCCGUCAAGGCCGAGCAGGCCGCGGAGUUCUCACCCCUGUCGCUGGCAGGAGGAGGAGGAGGAGGCGGGGGGAGUCUGGAAGACGGGAAAGGACUGAGUGGGCCUCACACGGCUCACCAAGCCUACCCACUCGUGGCAGGUAGAGAAAUGGGCAACACGACACUGCCCGGGUACCCGCCACACGUACCCCCAGGCGGGCAGGCUGGCUACACGACCUCCUCACUGGCUGGCAUGGUGCCCACGCCCGAGUUCUCCGGGAACCCGUACCCACACGCGCAGUACGCCACCUACAACGACACGUGGAGAUUCACCAACUCGGGGCUUCUGGGUUCCCCCUAUUACUACAGCACGGCGACACGCGGGGCCGCCACCCCGGCCGCCACAGCCGCGUUCGACCGCCACUAGUCGCGGUCAAGGUUCGACGCCCGCACCGUGGACGAUGCAGAGAGCACGGUCGAUGAGGUGGACGUCGGUGACCCCCCCCCCCUCCAUCACCCCCCCCCUCCUCCCAACUCACUCGGCCGCCACCACUCAGCUCGCAAGAGAGCGGAACGACGUCCUUUUGAUACCGAGCGCGGCUUUGUGCGAGACACCGCCCGCCACUGGCUUUCAAUCCCGAAAAAUCAACCAAUCGCACGGUCAGGACAGCUCACGUCGGUGCAGUGGUGCAGCCC